UACCCCUCAAGCCCAACCCUCUCAUUCUAUAUAAACCACUUGUCUCAGCUACCACUCCUCAGGAACUUGGUGCUUAUUCCAUCCAACUUCCGCAUUUAUAUUAUUCCGUCUCCUCGUUCUCAUUCUCGAUUCUCUCUUGAAAUAAAUAAAUACUCGUUACGUUGUGAAUAUAUUUAUUUUGAGAAAAACGUUACGUGGUGUAGUUUAUUUUUUUUUGUGUGUAACGAAAUGGCGUAUACGAACGGGCAUCAUGAGAACGGGAACGGGGUGGAUUUGUGCAUGAAGAAGGAGGAUCCGUUGAGCUGGGGAGUGGCGGCGGAGGCGCUGAAGGGGAGCCAUUUGGAGGAGGUGAAGAGGAUGGUGGCGGAGUACAGGAAGCCGGUGGUGAAGCUGGGCGGAGAGACGCUGACGAUAUCGCAGGUGGCGGCGAUCUCGGCGAGAGAUGAUAGUGGCGUCAAGGUGGAGCUCUCGGAGGCGGCGAGAGCCGGCGUUAAGGCGAGUAGCGACUGGGUGAUGGAGAGCAUGAACAAAGGGACGGAUAGUUAUGGUGUCACUACUGGCUUUGGUGCUACUUCUCAUAGGAGGACUAAGCAAGGUGGCGCUCUUCAGAAGGAGCUCAUUAGGUUCUUGAAUGCUGGAAUAUUCGGCAGUGGAGCUGAAGCUGGUAACAACACUUUACCACACUCGGCAACUAGAGCAGCAAUGCUGGUGAGAAUCAACACACUUCUCCAAGGCUACUCUGGAAUCAGAUUCGAAAUCCUUGAAGCCAUUACCAAGUUUCUUAACCACAACAUUACUCCUUGUUUGCCACUCCGUGGCACAAUCACGGCUUCUGGUGAUCUUGUGCCAUUGUCCUACAUUGCUGGACUGCUCACUGGCCGCCCGAACUCCAAGGCUGUUGGACCUACUGGAGUAACUCUCAGCCCCGAGGAAGCGUUUAAGCUUGCUGGAGUGGAAGGUGGAUUUUUCGAGUUGCAGCCAAAAGAAGGCCUAGCGCUUGUUAAUGGAACAGCUGUUGGUUCUGGCAUGGCCUCUAUGGUACUUUUUGAGGCUAAUAUAUUAGCGGUUCUAGCUGAAGUUAUGUCAGCAAUUUUCGCUGAAGUCAUGCAAGGAAAGCCUGAAUUCACCGAUCACUUGACACAUAAGUUGAAGCACCAUCCAGGACAAAUUGAGGCUGCAGCUAUAAUGGAACACAUAUUGGAUGGAAGCGCUUACGUUAAGGCUGCUCAGAAGCUUCAUGAAAUGGAUCCGUUACAGAAACCAAAACAAGACAGAUAUGCUCUGAGAACAUCUCCUCAAUGGCUUGGUCCUCAAAUUGAAGUGAUCAGAUCAUCGACUAAAAUGAUUGAGAGAGAGAUCAACUCUGUCAAUGAUAACCCGUUGAUUGAUGUUUCCAGGAACAAGGCUAUACAUGGUGGAAAUUUCCAGGGAACCCCAAUCGGUGUUUCCAUGGACAAUACACGUUUGGCUAUAGCCGCCAUUGGAAAAUUGAUGUUUGCACAAUUUUCAGAACUUGUCAACGAUUUUUACAACAAUGGGUUGCCAUCAAACUUGUCUGGAGGCCGUAACCCGAGCUUGGAUUAUGGAUUCAAGGGUGCUGAAAUCGCCAUGGCAUCAUACUGCUCUGAACUCCAGUUUUUGGCCAAUCCAGUGACUAACCAUGUCCAAAGUGCUGAACAACACAAUCAAGAUGUCAACUCACUGGGCUUAAUAUCUUCGAGGAAAACAUCUGAAGCUGUAGAAAUUUUGAAGCUCAUGUCUACAACAUUUUUAGUGGGCCUCUGCCAAGCUAUAGACUUGAGGCAUCUGGAAGAGAAUAUGAAGAGCACUGUCAAAAACACAGUGAGCCAAGUAGCUAAGCGAGUUCUAACCAUGGGUGUCAACGGUGAACUCCAUCCCUCAAGAUUCUGUGAGAAAGACUUGCUCAGAGUUGUAGACCGCGAAUACAUUUUUGCGUACAUUGAUGAUCCCUGCAGUGCAACUUACCCCUUGAUGCAAAAACUAAGGGAAACUCUAGUUGAGCACGCAUUGAAUAAUGGUGAUAAAGAGAGGAACUUGAGCACUUCCAUCUUCCAAAAGAUUGCAGCAUUCGAGGAUGAACUGAAGGCCCUUCUGCCUAAAGAAGUUGAAAGUGCUAGAGCCGCGGUAGAAAGUGGAAAUCCAGCGAUCCCUAACAGGAUUAAGGAGUGCAGGUCAUAUCCACUGUACAAGUUUGUGAGGGAAGAACUGGGAACCGAAUAUCUUACCGGAGAAAAGGUGACGUCCCCCGGAGAAGAGUUCGAUAAGGUAUUCACAGCAAUGACCAAAGGAGAGAUAAUUGAUCCAUUGUUGGAGUGUCUACAGUCAUGGAAUGGUGCUCCUCUGCCAAUCUGCUAAACGGCAUACAGUCAGGAGUAAUGUUUAUUUUUAUACUUUUUGUCUUUGUCAGGACUUAUCUUCUUGCUUCUUGUCGAUGUCUCUCCUAAGUGAAUGUCUGUAAAAUUCUUUUAAAAUGCUGUAAAAAUUAUCUGAUACUUAUGUUCCUAAAUAAUGAGCAGUUGUUAGUUUAAUCAAAAUUUGUUAUUGUAGAUGCA